AAAGGACGCUGGCAGCCAUGUUCAUUUGUCAACGAACUGCAACGGACGUCAAUCGGGCUCUCUCUCCAGUCUUUCUGGCAUUUUUUUUUCCCCCCCAUUAUACAAUUCAACAAAAAUCAGUGUUUACGUGAAUUUAAACUUUUUUAACAAAUUGUGCUUUUUUUAAGGAAUAAACAAAAAGCACGAUGGCGUCCGCGGAACUUGAAAAGCGCAAGCGUGAAGAAUACGAAAUGCAGCUGUUUGGCUUUCAUUCGAGAACCGUUUAUGCGAUCCUUAGAAAAGCCACUGAAGCCCAUAUUAAAUCAAAGUGCCUUGAUUUAUAUAAUACAAUUUCCAAUAAAUACAAAUUAAACGAGGAGGAUAAUGCAAUUUUAAAGAAAAAUAUUAAUGAUUUAAAAAAACUCUACAUGAAGAAAGCACAGCCAGAAUUUGAAAAACUUCAGACAAUUGUUGAAAAAUAUAUAAGAAUACCGGACAAUGUUCUGCUGGAAGAGGAUAAAUGCCAAGCAGUGCAGUACUCGGAUGAAGAAUAUCAAAAUUUAAAUGAAAAAUUGGAAAAUUUGCAGAAAACGCUAAAAAGGGUUCAAGUUCAAAGCAUACUUCUUGAUAAGGAACUCGAGGCCAUGAAGGGAAAAGAAGAAUUUUUAAAUUUUUCAACGAAAAUUAUUGGCGACAUGGAGAAGGCAUCGAAUUUUCCCAAACCCGACAAAAAUGUUGUGCAUUUCAUUGAAACAUAUCAAAAUUUAAACAAAUUAUUUAAUGAUUCAACGUUAAAAUCAUUGAAAGAGAUUUAUAAUCCAAAUAUCGAUCAUAUUCAAUUAAAAGACUGCAAUUCUGCUGAUGAUGAUUAGUUUUUUUCCAAAAAUCACUAAAAUAUUGUUUUUUAUAUGUAAACGAAUGUUUUUUUCUUGUAUUCUCUCGCAAUAUUUUUCACAUUUUGUAAAAU